CUCCCCCAGCCCGCAUUAGCUCAAUGAACGCGCGCCUAAUGAGUGCUGAGGAGAGUCCAGAGCUCGCGCGGAGACCGGUAACUUAACUGAAGCUAACAACCAGCUGUUUUCCCCAAAAAACUUUGUACGGAAGCUGUUUGAAUGAAACUGAUAUAGUGUUGUGAAGAUUGACACUUGUUUACAAGCAGGACGAGACUCUAGCAGCCAAUCUGCACACUUUUGCUACUGUUAAAGGGUGUAGCACAGAGCACUGCAAUGAAGAUCACCAUACCUCCCACAACGCAGAAUCCUGAGUAUAAUGGUGUGAAAUUCCACAACCAAAUCCCAGAGAGCUGUUAACAAGGCCAAGAGACAGCAUUUGCCUUUUCUGUCUGAUGCAAGACGACAACAAGAAGCCAACUCCCUUGGAUACAUUUUUUUUUCCAGAAUAUAUAUAUAUAUCUAGCUUAUAAAAAUUGUGGCCAUUGGCAGCUGUGAAUUUUUAGAUCUUUAAUUUUUUGGAUGAAACCGCAAUGCAUUCGAUUUUGGAAAGAUGAACUUGGUAUUUUUAAGUGGAGGGACGAUUUAGAGUUUAAGCGAUACUGAUUUCCUCCACCAUGUCAUGGAAAAGAAACUACUUUGCAUCUGGCAGCAGUGGCUUACAGGGUAUAUUCACCCCACGAACCAUGACAUCAGUCGCCCCCAGCAAAGGACUCCUCAAUGAGCCAGGACAGAACAGCUGCUUCCUGAACAGCGCUCUACAGGUUCUCUGGCAUCUGGAUAUCUUCCGGCGAAGUUUCCGGCAGCUCACCACACACAAGUGCAUGGAGGACUCAUGCAUCUUCUGCGCUCUGAAGAGCAUAUUUGUACAGUUCCAGUUCAGCAGUGAGAAGGUGCUGCCUUCUGAUGCUCUUCGCUGUGCUCUGGCCAAAACCUUCCAGGAUGAGCAGAGAUUCCAACUCGGCAUUAUGGACGACGCAGCCGAGUGCUUUGAGAAUAUCCUCAUGAGGAUCCACUUUCACAUCUCUGAUGAGACUAAGGAGGACAUCUGUACGGCCAAACACUGCAUCCCUCACCAGAAGUUUGCCAUGACACUCUUUGAGCAGUGUGUGUGCAGCAACUGUGGAGCCUCUUCAGACCCCCUGCCCUUCAUUCAGAUGGUCCACUACAUCUCCACCACCUCUCUGUGUAACCAGGCAGUGCGGAUGCUGGAAUGCCGGGAGAAGGCCACCCCAGACAUGUUUGGAGAGCUGCUGAGGAACGCCAGCACUGUGGGAGACCUGCGCAACUGUCCGGGGAACUGUGGAGAGAAGCUCCGCAUUCGACGUGUCCUGAUGAACUCCCCAGAGAUCAUCACCAUUGGCCUGGUGUGGGACUCGGACCACUCUGACCUGGCAGAAGAUGUCAUCCAUAGCCUGGGCACUGUCCUUCGGCUCGGAGAUCUGUUCUACAGAGUGACAGAGGACAAGGCCAAACAGGCGGAGCUCUACCUGGUGGGCGUGGUCUGUUACUAUGGCAAACACUACUCUACUUUCUUCUUCCAAACCAAAAUCCGCAAGUGGAUUUACUUCGAUGAUGCUCAUGUGAAAGAGAUUGGGCCCAAGUGGAAGGAUGUGGUGUCCCGCUGUAUAAAGGGGCAUUACCAGCCGCUGUUGCUGCUCUAUGCUGACCCCCGGGGGAAGCCAGUGUCAGUUCAGGAUUUGGCUUCACGCCUAGACUUGCAUCACUACACUAAAGCAUACUAUGACAGUGAGGAUUCAGGCCGCGAACCAUCGAUUUCCAGCGACACACGGACAGACUCCUCCACCGACAGCUACAGCUAUAAGUAUUCACACUCCCACCACGAGUCUAUGGCCUCCCACUUCUCCUCUGACUCCCAGGGAACCGUCAUCUGUAACCCAGACAACGACUCUGCCUCCCACAGCAGCCUGGAAAACACAGGUCCUGACAGCGAUCCAGUGCGACACCGUACUUUCAGACAAGAUGGGGUCUCAGACAAAAAAGGAGGAAUUUUGGACCGGAAACGAAGUGCCAGCAGGCCUCGAAAAUUCGAGGCCCGGGGUGAUUCAAGGAGUCGUUGUGCUAAGACAGAUGAGGUGUUGUCUGCCGGCUACCACAGUGAAGGCGAGACUUUAAAAGAGCAGCAAGUUCCUCGUUCCCUACCUAAACCUAGCUCCAGUCGGCUUCGAGACUUUAAGGAGACUAUGAGCAACAUUAUCCAUAAUCGGCCACUUUCUGCAUCAUCUUCGGGCUCUCUUGGCCCACCCGACUCCACUAUUAAGACCCGAGACUGGGAAGCUGACAGCACCAGCAGCGAGUCCAAGUCAAGCUCCUCUGGAGGGCGGUACCAUCCACCCUGGAAGCCUCGCCGAGAGGCCCUCAACAUCGACAGCAUCUUUAGCAGGGAACGUCGCAAGCAGGCUGGGUAUAGUCCACUAGGAGCUCUCUUGUCUGAAGACUCAGGGCCUCAGGGAGACUUGGCAUCCUCAGCGGGGCAGACCAUCUUUCGAGACCUACCGGGACCCCUGAGACGAGGAUCAGGGCAGCCCCCACGGCUUAUCCAGAGGAUGGAGAGUGGCUAUGAGAGCAGUGAGAGGAACAGCAACAGCCCCGUCAGUCUGGACAUACCCGUUAGUGAGGGCACCAGUAAUGGCACGCACAGCUUACAAGAGGGAGGAAAGAAAAAGCCUCCUCCUGGUGUCAGCCCAUCAUUGAAUACUGUCACCAAAUCCAAGAGCAGCAGUGCCCUACUACAGGAUGUCAAAGCAUCACUCAAGGGCAGCAGUCACAUGAGUUUAGCAGGUGAAGGCCGCAGUGAACUGGAUGAGCUACAGGAGGAAGUAGCUCGUCGGGCCAAGGAACAAGAGUUACAGAGGCGAAAGGAAAAGGAAAAGGAAGCGGCCAUGGGCUUCAAUCCCAGACCCAGCAAGUUCAUGGAUCUGGAUGAGCUCCAGAACCAAGGGAAAGGGGAAGGCUUUGAGAGGUGUGUGUUGGAGGCAGAGUCUCUGUUAGACCAGUCUCUGAGGUUGGAACAGGCAGGAGAGGUGGCCACUGCUCUGUCUGUGGUUAACGAAGCUAUGUCUAAACUCAGGCAUACCUUGCAUGAGAACAGCGCUAACUCUCAGGGCAGGAUGCAAAAGUGCAUGAGGAGAGCACGAAGUCUGCAGCAGCGCAUGCAGCAGCAGGAACUGCAGCAGAAGCAACAGGAGGAAGAGAAGGAACAGAAACAGCCCCACAGUGAAAAGUCUGUCCCGGUCCAAAUACUUCUGACGAAUGUUAAAGAAGAGGAUGAGAAGUGCGUUUCGGAAGAUGCAUUAAGACCACCAUCACCUCUCCACAUGAAACCUCAGUCUAUAAAUAAACCGAUUUCUGAAGCCCCCGGCCCUCCGGUCUCCUACCAUACCGACACACUUUCCAAUCAGCAUGGUAACUCAGGAGACAACUCCAGUCCUCUUGCUAUGACUGAUAAUGGGCCGCAGUCAAACACGUUGGGUCCCAGAGACACUGUAAACAUCACAAACUCUCUUGUACAAACUUCUAGUAUACGCAGUUCUGCCACUGUGCCUGUGAUUGCAGUGAAUGGCUGCGAGGCUCCUUUCAAAUCAUCAGUUCCGCUUAAUACGCCCUCUAGCCCAUCUCAUUUCAGUGCCCGUCAGACACCUUCCAUCUCUGAACACUCCAACUCUGGGGAAGGACCGCAAAACCCACCUCGUCCUCGGUCUCUCCAUGGCCUAACGCACGCACCCCACAGCAACACUUCUGAUGCCUGUCAAAAAUCUCUCCCGGCACCCUCACGUAAUUGGUCCUGUCACAGUCUGGGCCGUCCUACAGUGAUGGAGUCCCCCCCGUUCUCUCCAUCAGACCUCCGCUCCCCCUCAUCCCCCUUUCCUCCAUCCCUAUCUUCACCAGCUCUGGAUCAGCAUCCAGCUGGCCCUAUGCCUGUGGAGCGAUGGGCGGAGAAUGUCAAUCGAUACUACAGCUCCCAGAAUUAUGCACAGUCAGGACGUGGCUCACCCUGUGAGGAGCUGUCAGACUUGGACUCACUUUAUCAGGCCAGCUUGAAGGCUCCCAGCAUGCCCCGAGCCCCACGGGGACCCAGUCCCCAGCUUGCCAACAGAUCCGGUCCUGCUGCUUCUCGAAAGCACAGCGCUGGAUUCUCUGCCACUUUUGGCCGUUCCAAGACCCCCACAGCAGAGAUCGAGAGGACUGCCUACAGGACGCCAGCAUACAGCACUAAACCACUUCAGAAGCCUGUGUCUGCUGUGGCCUGUGAUGCGCCACUGGGUGGGGAUGAAUCGUACAGUGUUGAGAACUUGCGACGAAUUUCUCGGAGUCUCAGUGGGACUGUCGUCGGAGGACGGACUGAUGUUCCCCCAUCUCGCAGCUUUGACCCUCAUGUCUCCAGGAUCUCGAAGCAUAUGAAUGUGCAAAUCCCCACACAUCGCUCCAACACCUCCCCGCAUGUUUUACCCCCUCCUUCCCACAAUCCUACUGUGUUCCCUCAUGGACUGCAGCCCCAAAACCCUCACCCAAGCCACCGCCACCACCCUGCCCCUCCAUCCCACCUCCACCAGCAGACACUGAGGCCCUCUCAUGGACAAACAGGAGAUUGCCAAAAGGCCAACAAGUUUCUGGCUGUGCUUGACAGGGGUGAAGCGUUCUCCCGUGAAAACUACCACAAAGUUGCACUGAGCUACGGCACCCUUCCACGAGCCCCCCGUAGGUCAGUUUCAUCUGGGCCUCCUGUGCACCAAAUGAGGCCCCCAGCGGGCCCGGGGCCCCGGAACUACCCAGACGCAGUCUACGCCACUCUGUCCCACCCUCACCGCACGACAGCAUCAAAUAGGACAAUGGAUGGUUUUUACAGACAGCCCCACCAGAAAUCUGCUUCAGCCACCCCGAUCCCGCAUCACUCCAGCCAUCAUAACCCACACCUAGAGCUACCGUCCCAACCCCUCCGCCUCGAUGUGCCCCCCGAGAGGGACUGGAGGGCUGCUAGGGACUCUCAUUCCUUCCCCAGGACAGAACCACGUGGUGGGACAUCCCGUGGCCCUCCUGUUUAUAUCUGUGGGUUGUGCAAGCAGAACCCAGCUGAGCCUACUAGAAGCUACUGCCAGACCUGCAGAGCUCAUGUGAACCACUACAGGAAGACCAGCUGAGUCAUACAGGAAAUGCAUCCUUCAACGCACUCAUUCUCGGUUUUGGAAGUAAACGUGAGAGCCCAUGCCAAUUCUGUGAAGCUCUUCACACGGCAAAAAGCAGGAAGUUCUUGUUAGCUGCUUUGGCUAAAGAAUCAUAAGACAAUGUUUGACUCAUACAGUAUGUGAAUGUGGAGUGCUCAUGUUUUAAAACCAUAUUUUAACACGGCUGCUUCAUUUAAACGCUAAAAGGAGGAUGUCCGCUCUCUGUGCUUUUACCUACAGUAAAUGUUCCCACUGCUAAUUCAGUUCUGUAGAGUUAAGUUCACUUUAAUUGGCCACCUUCUCAGCAAAAAAGCUGUGAAGAACAGAGCACUUUGCUACAUGGGACACUGCAUCUUCUCUGAUGCAAACGCAAAACGCCAAGACUGACAAACUUUGCCUGCUGGCAUACAGUGUCUGCUCCGUAUAUGCACAAAAUACGCUUUAGUUUCCUACUAGCAUUCCAAGCUAACAUUAGUUAGUUCUGUGAUUGUAAUUGAACUAUGUUAACUCCAGUUUAGUGCACUUCAGAAGUGUUAAGUUAGAAGCUUCUCUGUUGUAACUUCUCCCAUUUUUAUGGGAAAACAAUGUUUAAGUGUAACUACAUCAUUUAGGGGGAAGUAAUAAGAGGUACAUCAGAUUCCUCUAGUGUACUAACAGUCAACUUUCAACAACCUCAAUGGCAUUUGUGUCGGUAUUUUUGUGGACAGUAUUGUUCUGCCUGAUAGUAGCACCUACACCUGUUGUGAUCUUUUUUUAUAUAUAUAUAUAUAUUUUGUAGUAGCAGCAGUUUAACUUUUUGAUUCAUACCGUAUAUCUUACAUUAACUGUUAAGUGCAAAACUUUUUCAGGCUGUUAUAAGACUAAAGAGAUCGUAAACAGAAGGACAGAACAUUCUGCAGUGCCUUGGUUUGCAAAAGGCAACGUAACUGGGUGCCAGUGACCAUUUUAUAGAUUUCCAGUCAUAUAAUAAUGCUUAUUAUAGUAGUGCUAAAUUCAAGAAUUGCAAUUCUCAACUGAGAUCAUUUCAGUUUUUCCCCCACUGGAGGAUAAGUGAUUUUUAUAUUUAUUGUAUUUAAUUUCUUAGAUUCUGUUGAGGAGGAUCUUGUGGCUGGAGAUGGUUAACUGUUGAGUGUCUGUCAGCUAUUAGCAGAGUUUAACAAUGUGCCAUUUCAUGGAAAUGAAAGUGUUACCUGCUCAUCCAAGUGAACACGAGUAGUUUAUAUUGAAACAAAGGCCAAACAUUUGUUUAAUUUUAGAGCAUGUCAAAUACCUCAACCAUUCACAUGCUCUCUUGUUUUUAUUUCACCAGAACAGUUUAGCAUGUACUGUGGUUUGUUAAUCAGGACCUAACGGUGAAUCAGAGUGCCUCUGCAUUAAAUUCCCAUUGAAUUAUCUGAAGCUUUUUUUUUUUUUCCUUGGUUUGGCCAGUCUGCAGUGUAGCACUGCCCUGGUGUGAUUACUGACAGAACAGGGAUCUGUGAUUGAUUCACCCUUCCUUCCUUUUUUCUGCGUUAAAAUACGAACAGAUAUGGCAAAGAAGCAAGGCUGUAUAUAUAAGUGUGUACAGAUAUUCAGUCUUCGACCUUAAGAACAGACCGAUUCGGAUUUGUUGUAAAUGCCGUGCUAGAAAUGAAACUUGUAUUUUUGCAAUAAAGUUAUAUUGAGCUCCAGUCAGGAGCAGAACGUGC